GCACGCGCGCGCUGCUUCAACGCUCGGGUCUCCCAACUCGAAACUCUUGCCAAAGCAACAUUGCCUUUGCGCAGCCCUCCAGACUGCGGCUGCAAACUCUGCUUCCAUCAACAUCACCAAUACACUGAACCGCCCAUCAACAGAGCGCAGGCUGGCGCAACGCGGUCUCCUCGCAGCUCCUCCUCCCCCCUGACUGUAUAGACAUGCCACCAUCGUCCACCACAGCCUAAGACCAUUACACAACUUCUUGAGACAUCAUGUUUUCCUCAGCACUGAAAUCGAUAUCCUCGACCAACAUUACCUCCAACUACUCCAUCUCGUCAAACUCGACAUCGACAGCCGGACCAUGGAGAAUAUACGACGCCAAGAAGAAGUCGACGGGCAAGGCGUACAGUGUCUUCGUCUUUGAUAAGAAGUCGCUUGAUGCGCAUGGAAGCUCGCUUGGGCGAUCCGGUGGCGCAUCUUUUAAGAAAGGCUUGGAAGAAGUCAUCGAGCGCCUAAAGAAGGAGGCUUCUAGCUUAGCCAAGCUACGCCAUCCCAACAUUCUCGAGCUAGUCGAGCCCGUGGAAGAAACAAGAGGUGGCGGUCUUCAAUUCGUGACAGAGGCUGUUACCGCUUCACUCUCGAGUGUGUUACAAGAAAGAGACGAACAAGAGCGAUCCGGCGGCCCUGGCGGCCGAUCGAGUCGCUAUGUCACAGAAGACGCCGACGGUAGCAAGCGCAGGCGCGAGCUGGAGAUGGACGAGCUUGAAAUCCAAAAGGGUUUAUUACAAAUAAGUAAAGCACUGGAAUUCAUGCACGAAAAUGCAGGCCUCGUACACGGAAACCUGACCCCAGAUGCCAUUCUCAUCAACUCAAAGUCGGAUUGGAAAAUUAGCGGCCUAUCUUUCUGCAGUGCCCAGGAAGGCUCCACGAAACCUACAUCGAUCCAGAGCGUUAGCCUUCACGAAGUCCUCAACCUCGAUCCUCGUCUGCCGAAAUACGUCCAACUAAACCUCGAUUAUACCUCACCCGACUUUGUGCUAGACAACAACAUGAAUCCAUCAGCCGAUAUGUUCUCCUUGGGCCUUCUAUGCAUUGCGUUGUAUAACUCUCCGCACCGCUCACCACUCGAAUCGCACGGCAGCGUUUCGUCAUACAAGCGACUCUUCUCGUCUUCGUCUAGCAUUCCUUCGAGCUCCAAUAGCUUCUUAUCCUCUCGACCGAUACCUAAAGAUCUUGCUAGCCACGUGCUGCCGAGACUCAUUACAAGACGCCCGGCCCAGCGUAUGACGGCAAAAGAGUUUCAGCAAAGUGAAUACUUUGACAAUAUUCUAGUAUCAACAAUCCGCUUCCUAGAUUCAUUCCCAGCCAAGACACCAAACGAAAAAGCUCAGUUCAUGCGAGGAUUGAACAAGGUCUUACCGUCGUUCCCCAAGUCAGUGAUGGAGAAGAAGCUCCUACCUGCACUCUUGGAGGAACUCAAGGACAAAGAGCUCUUAGCCCUGAUUCUUCAGAAUGUUUUCAAGAUUGUAGAACUACUUCCUUCAGGACGAAGAGCCUUUGGUGAUAAGGUUCGACCUGCUCUCAAAGAGAUCUUUGUAGUCAAUGCAAAGCAGAAUGAAGAAAAGGAUACUGCCCGAGACGCUGGCUUGAUGGUGUUUUUGGAAAACAUUUCCGCUGCCGCAACUAACAGUUCCGGCAAGGAAUUCAAAGACGACAUCCUCCCUGUGGUAAUUGCUGCGAUUGAAUGCCCUACUCACUCCAUUGUCGACGCUGCUCUGCGUACGCUCCCUGUUGUUCUGCCGACACUAGACUUUAGCACUAUCAAGAAUGAGCUCUUCCCAGUCGUUGCGCAAGUAUUCAGCAAGACGACUAGCUUAGCCAUCAAAGUUAGAGGACUGCAGUCCUUUGUGAUUCUCUGCGGCGGUUCGCCAGAUGCAGCUGGAGAUGACGGAUUAAGCGGCUUGAGCCAGGAGAAGAAGACUUCAGCUUCUGCACUGGACAAAUACACCAUGCAGGAAAAGAUAAUUCCUCUAAUCAAGGUGAUUAAAACAAAAGAGCCAGCCGUCAUGAUUGCUGCACUCAACGUCAUCCGCAUCGUUGGACAGAUUGCGGACGCGGACUUUGUUGCCAUGGAAAUCCUUCCCAUUCUCUGGAGCAUGAGUUUAGGUCCACUGCUCGAUCUAAAGCAGUUUCAGCAAUUCAUGGAUCUCAUCAAAUCCCUAUCUCGCCGUGUGGAAGAUGAGCAGACCAAGAAGCUCCAGGAGCUCUCUGGUACUAGCAAUCCUGGCACUGCUGCUCCAGCCGAGGACUUCCUUGCUUUCGGUGGCGUCACUGGCACUACUUUCGAUAGUGGCAGUGGUGGUGCUACUGCGGACGACUUUGAAGCUCUUGUCAAGGGUCGUGCAGGAGGUGGUGGUGGUGUUAGCAACGGGCAGUCUAGCUGGGAUGACCCAGCUCCUGCAACGACACCUAGCAUGUCGCAACCCAGUCCAGCAACACCGCAAGCUGCUACUUUCUCGUGGUCAACUAAAUCAACACCGUCAAUGACACCCACCAGUCAAGCCAGCGCCGGAUUCCGAACCGUGACGCCCGACUUGAACCGCUUUGAGCCCAUGGCGCCGUCCUCGACGCAGUUCAGUCAGCCUCUCCAGCCCUCUACCAGCAAUGGCUUCUCGCCACCAGCUGCUCAUCAAGCUACACAAUCCUCGUCCUCCAUUAACUGGUCCACCACAGCGAACACAAGCCCGCCCAAUCCCUGGGUACAGUCUACUCCAAACUAUUCUUCAAGUAGCAACACCAUGAGCAUGAAUUCGUCCAUGGCGAGCAUGUCGAUGGGCCAGCAGCGCCCUUCUCUCGGUGGACAAACAAGCUCAUCACGCGGCUCGUCCUUUUCUCUUCCUCCACCACCUGGAGCAGGAUCCUCGCAGCCCAUCUACUCGGGCAUGUCUGGCUUUGGCAUCCAACCUCCGCCUGCGCAAUCGAGUGUAUCGGCGUGGGCCAACAACUCGAACACCAGUAACUCAAUGGGUAUGCGAAAUAUCAGUAACAGUAUGAACGCAGGAAUGGCCAUGAGCAAACAAAGCACAUUAUCUAUGGCUAGCCAGCAGCAGCAGCAGAAGCCAGCAGGCUCAGGCUUGGACAAGUACCAAAGUCUCAUCUAAGUGCCCUGUUUACUACCAUAUUGUAUAAUGCCUUCUUUUUUUUUUCUCUCAGCAUUAGUCGCGCAUGAUAUAGACAGAUAUGAGCACGUAAUGACUUAAAAAGCAUUUACCAUUAAUAAAAGACUAAAAUGCCAUCUUACCCGAUUCGCCAACAAAACAUACCAUGUGUAAUGCAAAAUAAUACACCGGUGCUUUCCUCCUCUAUUAAUCUAGGCGUUCUCCUUGUCUUCCUCCUUGGUCUCCCCCUUGCUCACCUCUUCCUUUUUAACUUCAAAGACAUGCCGACUCACAUAUCCUUCCUGCAACCUCACAGUUACGACUUGGUCCUUGGGAACCAUAUCAUGAACCAGUGGCCAGCCGAGACGACUGCACAGUUCGGCAACAACGACAUCACAGUCUCCCAGCAGAUUGAUAUCGAAGCGAGUAUGAGUAAUAGCCUCUCUAGAAAUAUACAGCUGCGGAAUCUCCGGUGGCAAGAAGUUGACAAUCUCCGAAACAGGCGUAACCUUGAGCGACGUGCCAAUGAUAAUCACAAGAUCGACCUUGUCGCGAUCAUGUUCUGUCAGACGCCGCCCGAACUCGUCCGGAAGCUCCUCACCGAAAAAGGUAAUGUCCGGCUUCAUAAGGCCAUCUUUGGAGACCUCUUCUUCAGACUCGUCAGAUGUAUCGUCGCUCCAUUUCGACUUUUUGGCCUUUCGCUUCGGCGCUGGCUUCUUGGCCACCGGCGCAGCGCACCGGGGACACUUGGGAAUAACACCAGCCCGAAUAUCCGGGUGUAUCGUCUCACCGGGAACCUGGUAUUUGCAGUCGAUGCAGGAUGCAGUACCAAAAGAUCCGUGGCACUGGACAAGUUUGUCCUUGGGGAUGCCGGCGGCUAUUUCCAGAUUAUCAAUGUUUUGCGAGUAAUUGGUCAGUAGUUUGCCGCGGUCAUGCAGCAUAGAGAUGAAUUUGUGCGUGGGCGUGAAGCGUGUAGUAGCAGGUAGGAUGUCCUUCGCUAUCGAGUAAAAGAUGGACGGGUCCUCGCGGAACAUGCUAAUGUCAAAGACCUCCUGGGGGUCUGAGAGGCCGAGAUGCUCCAGGCGCGAGUACAAACCUGUACCCUUUGAUCGAAAGUCAGGGAUACCGAGGGACGUAGAGAUACCGGCGCCAGUGACAACCAUGAUGUUUUUGGAUUUUGCAAUGAGGUCAACGGCGUCGUCGACAGUGUUGUACUGCAUCAGUUUGGCGCGCUUGGCCAGCUCACGCGUCAUGACCAGCGAUAGCACGCUAUAAUACGCAUAGUCUGGCUCGCCCUCGAGAAACGCGGGUGGGCUGACACCAAACGCUGUGAUGAGCUUCUUUGCAGUGUACCGGCCCGAGUCUACCGUCCUUUGGCAGAACAUGGCCGGGCCGAGUCUCUGGAGAUCUCGUCGCAGCCUGAGCGAUUCCUCGGGCGUGCAAGGGAUGAA